UUCAAAAUGGCGGGAGCUCGACAUCUUCGGGGUACAAUUUUCACAAGAGUAUCAAACUUACUCCGUUCAGGAGCAAUACAAGACAAACCUGUAUGGUUCGACGUGAUGGAAACUUUUCCUCCACUCCUACCCACAAAAAUCAACAGAAAGCCAGAACCUGGACGGGUAAAAAAGCUAGAAUAUCCCGAAGAUUUCUUUAGAAGAAAAUUUUACUCCACAUAUCAAACAUACGGUGUCUUGAACUUGAAAGAAGGAGUUCAACAGUCAUCAACAGACUGCGAAAGGUUUGUAGAGAAAUGUCAAGAGUUUGUCUCUCAAGGAAUGAGUGAAGACGAAGCACUGAGUCAUGCUUCGCAAUAUUUUACUACAGAAUUUCCUUCAUCAGAAGAGUUAGCAUAUCCAGAAUUUAGUGAACCUUUAUCAGAUGACAACACAGAUGAAGUAUUUGAUAUUGAUCAAUUUCUGCACCAAGAAAUAAAAGACACAGACACUUAAUUGAAUUGAUUGUAUUUUUAUAAUAAUUGAUUUGUGAAAAGAUACAUUAAAGUGCAUAAAMAUAUAACAAAAUAUCCCUCCCUAAAAAGCAUAAAAUAUAAUUUUGGUACUACAUUUGGUAUUAUAUUUGUUAUGUUUAGUGUUAAAAAAGUGCCUAUCUAUUUUUUUUUUCAAUAUAAUUUGCAAUACUUUUACUAAACCAAGCAAUACACCCUUUUGAAAAUUAUUUGAAAAUUCUCAUUUGGUGUUUUGUAUUUUAUUGACUAUUGAAAAUUAUUAUAACACUAUAAUUAGCGGACUUUGUUUCAUAGUCUUUUGAAAACCAAGUUCUAUGAAUAAUGGUGAUGCCCAUGCAAAGAGUGAAGGCAUUUCAUCCUUGAAACAAAAUUUGACUACRAAAGUGUGAUAUUCAAAUAGACAAAAAAGAAAACAAUGCAAUAGGAGCAUACUGCAAGGUGUAAAAGUGUAGUAUCUAUUUCACUCUACUAUAAAGAUACGGCACACUUUGUCUAACACACCUCGGUACAUGCGCUAAUUAACUUUUAAGUAUACUGCUAUUAAAUUAAACACAAGUUAUCUUUAUU